AUGUCGUGGUGGAACACCUCUACAGUGGCGGACUUUGCGACGGACUUCCUCCCAACGGGAGCGUACAACGUUAGCCUGAGGAAUGUGACGGGGACUGGGCAGGUUGACGGAGGGUCGCUGUGGACUGACGUGGCGCUCGGGAUCGUGCUGGGCUCCCUGUGCUUACUGACCAGUGUGGGGAACGCCAUGGUUCUACACGCCGUACGCACCAACAGGGACCUGCAAACUGUCAGUAAUUUCUUCAUCGUGAGUCUGGCUGUGUCAGACCUGGCUGUGGGGACGGUGGUCAUGCCUCUCAGUACCGUCAACAUCGUGGCACAUCAGUGGGUCCUGGGGCUGCCCGUCUGCCAGGUGUGGCUGUCAGUAGACUACGUAGCGAGCACUGCCUCCAUCUUCAACCUCUUCGUCCUCAACCUUGACCGCUACUGGAGCGUCACCACUCCACUGAAAUACAUGCGGAAGCGCACCAAGAGACGAGCCAUGGCCUUCAUCGCUCUGGUGUGGGGAGUCUCCUCUCUCUGGAUCAUCCCCAUCGUCGGGUGGCACGUCUUCGAGUUCGGGGGAGUCCGGAAAGUUCCGGGUGACGUCUGCGACACCGAGUUCAGCUCCAACUGCACGUUCAAGGUGCUGACGUCACUCUUCAACUUCUACUUCCCCAUGAUCCUCAUGAGCGUCAUCUACGCACAGAUCUACAACAAGGUGCGUUUGUUUAACCUGAGCGUCCACAUCUCGAGAGGCUCCGUUCCGACCGAGAACGACAUUAAGAUGCACGAAGGACUCAGAAGAUCCUCCACGUCGGAACUACAGCGUCUCAGAGCCAGACGCGGGUCCUUAAGCGUCGCUGGAGACAAAAUCCGAGGGACAUCUCCUGAGAAAAAGUCGUCGCCAGCGAAAAGUUGCAACGGUCCACGCGGUAGCCAGCAGCCUGUGUCCGUCCUGGCGAAAAUGACCUCCCAAAACAACACAGCAGUUCACUCCGUGAUAGACACAGUUCCCGAUGACGUGAAGUAUCUGUCUGUGGACAACAAGGAGUCGUGCAGCCGCCGCUCUUCGGGCGACAUGCCGCCCAUCCCGGAAGACGAGUCCGACCUGAAGAGCGAGAGAAAAAGUAGUAAAAUGAGCUGGCCUGGAGGUAGACUCAGUCCAAGAAGAUCCAUAGGGGAUCCGCAGGGCUCCCCCAGCAAGCAGGCGUCUGCAAAGAAGAGACUCAGCCUUACGCGAGGGAGCCUUCUCCGCAGGAUGAACCUGAAGAACCGUUCUCGCAUGCACUCGGAGAGAAAGGCGGCCAAACAGUUGGGCAUCCUGAUGGGCUGUUUCGUCGCCUGCUGGCUCCCGUACUCUAUCCUCUUCGUGGCGUUCUGUAACAGCACAGACAUAGGCGAGAACAUUCUGAUCGGCGCCACGUGGCUUGGGUACAUAAACUCGACGAUGAACCCGUUUCUCUACCCGCUAUGUAACGAUAACUUCAAACGUGCGUUUAGAAAGAUGUUGGGGUGUGGGGAGGGUUCGCAGCUGCAGACCACUACGACAUCGCGCUUGUAGUGAACGUACAUCGUCUGAUGCUUUGAAAUUAGGCGGGACUUUGGGAAGAAAUGAUGUCUACAACGGCAUUCUUCGCCUGGUUUGCGUCGGGAAUGGAGUACGUAUCCUUGUUUGAGAGACAAGUUGAAUUGAGGACAUAAACUUGUUGGAGAGAAAGGUUUGCUCUGAGUUCGAAGCACUGCUAUUGGAGCACAAAGCCAUGCUUUCGGAGUACGUCUAAUAGUUUUGGUGUGGAAUAGGGGCCGCCAUUUUUCAAGAUG